ACUUUGUCUGUGUGUUGUGUCAGCGCUUAAAGAAGAUGGCACUUCCCCUUCUUCGAAUUCCAGGUACAUGCUGCAUUCCACUCAAGAAGCAAUCUUUCCCUUCCAAUAGCCGCCGCAAAACGACUUCUGCGACGGCGGAGCUCCAAACGCCUGUGGUUCGGACGGGGGGAACUGGUUACCAGUCUCCGUCUGUUAAUGUUCCAACCCACAAGGUCACGGUCCACGACAGACAACGAGGUGUCGUUCACGAGUUCCUCGUACCCGAGGACCAGUAUAUAUUGCAUACUGCUGAGUCCCAGAAUAUUACCCUUCCAUUCGCUUGCAGGCAUGGUUGUUGUACUAGCUGUGCUGUACGUAUAAAGAAUGGACAGAUUAGACAGCCAGAGGCACUUGGGAUAUCUGCUGAAUUGAAAGAGAAGGGUUAUGCACUACUUUGUGUGGGCUUCCCAUCCUCUGAUGUUGAAGUAGAAACUCAAGAUGAAGAUGAGGUAUAUUGGCUUCAAUUUGGACGCUAUUUUGCCCGAGGACCAGUGGAAAGAGAUGACUAUGCCUUGGAGUUGGCCAUGGCUGACGAAUAAGCUGUGUAGAUAAUGUGAGAAUCAUUAGAGCAUAUAAUGCGAAUUUUCUCUUUUUCCAUUUUUUUUUCAUGUCUCUACUAUAUUGUCUUUAUUUAUUUUAUUCCCUAUAUAUAUACUAUUGUGAAAAUUCCCUAUAUGUCUUUUUUCCCAAUUUAACUAUUGACAUGGCAUAGAAAAUGUAGGUAAAUUCGCCAAAAAGUAGUCAAUUCACCGGGG